CGACAGAAUUAAUCAUCCGGGCGUCAGGAGGAGGAGGAGAGAGGCGGGUGUUAAACUCUGGAUUAACUCUCUUCAAGCUGUUUGGUGACUGAGUUUGAUGAGUACUUCAGGAUAAACACGCAGACCUACAGGAUCCACAGGAAGAUCUGCUCUUCGGAGACAGCAGAGGAUCAUCAGACGGAUUACUUGUAAAUACACAUGGUGUGUGUGAGCGGCUGAUGACCUUGGAGAAGAGCAGGAGGCCGGAAAACUCACACUGAGCAGCAGCACACACUUUUACAGGAUUUACAACACGAGUGCAAUCCUCCAAAGCGACUCAAGAAGCAGAGAGAGAGAUCUCAUAUCGAUAUGAGGUCUCCAAUAUCCUUGAGGAAGACGGCGCUCUUCUUCCUCGUCUGCUUACUUUCGGCAUGCAGCGGAACUGGGAUCCCAGGUUCGGAUUAUAACCCUCAUCCUCGCUUCAUUUGCACACCAAUACCUGCAGAUGCAGAUCCUGGGUGCUUCCCGUCAGCGGGCGGCCCCAGUGCGGGUCACCACAGCGGGCCGAGCAGCGGUGGCAGCAACAGCUGGUGGGGAAUUUCAGAAGAAGCCAAAACCACAAUCCUGCAUCUGCGGGAGAGUUUAGUCCAGCAGAAAGAAACCAUCCUGGACCAGAGGGAGACCAUCCGAGAGCUCACUGCUAAACUGAAUCUAUGCGAGGGCUUUAAUCGCGGGGUGGGCAACCAUGAUGACCAUCCGCAUCGCACACCGACACACCUGGCACACCAUGCACAUCAUGCUUACCCCACUGCACCGGAGCCUGGGCACCUAGCGUGGGCACCGCCACCCGACGCUCAUCAUGGUGGCCACGGGCUGGAGCUCGGCCACUACGGGGAUGCAGCGCAUCAUCGUGGGAAGGCAGCAGUGAGCGAGAAGCAUGUGACAGGGGAGAUUCCUUUACUGUCCUCUACACCGGAGCAGAUGAGCAGGAUGCUGGAGACACUGAAGGAGCGCCUGGAGAACCUGCAGACGAGAAACACGUCGGCCAGCUACUCCAGUUCCCUGAAGGAUCUCCUGCAGAGGAAGAUCAGCGCUCUGGAGCAACAGAUGCAGCAUCAUUCGUCUCCGCUGACGGGUGCAUCUCACACUGACCACACCGAGCAUGAUGACGGUCACCAUGAUGACGAUGAUCAUGAUCAUGGGCAUCACGAGGAUGGCCAUGACGAAAGAGACCACGGCAAUCCUCACGACGACAGCCAUCACAGUGAUCGCCAUGAGGACGGUCACCACGAUGACGACCAUGAUGACGGUCACCAUGACAACGACGACCAUGACGCCGGUCACCACGACAACGGGGAUCAUGAUGAUGAUCACCACGACAAUGGUCACCACGACAAUGAGGUUUCCGAGCAUGGCUUCGAGAGGUUGUUGUAUAACCCACAGGGACACCGAGAGUCGCAGACUGGAGCUCACAGCAAACUGGACGCGGUUCUCAAUCAGCUGCAGCACAGGCUUACUGAGGGUCCCCGAAAGAAGACUAAAUCUACUGAGGCCUUCCAGAUCGGCUUCCCCAUGAGAACCAACUACAUGUACGGCCGUGUGAAGCGCACGCUGCUGCACGAGAUCUUCUCCUUCACGCUGUGUCUGUGGAUGAAGGCUGGCAUCGGCCCGGGCCUCGGCACACCCUUCUCUUACUCUGUCCCGGGUCAGGCAAAUGAACUGGUGCUCAUCGAGUGGGGAAACAACCCCAUGGAGCUGCUGGUGGACGACAAAGCGGUCACUUUACCGCUGUCGUUGAGUGAUGGUAAAUGGCACCAUGUGUGUGUGACGUGGUCAACGCGGGACGGUCUGUGGGAAGCCUAUCAGGAUGGGGUGAAGAGAGGAUCUGGAGAAAACCUCUCGCCGUGGCAUCCCAUCAAACCCGGAGGAGUCUUCAUACUGGGACAAGAGCAGGACACUCUGGGUGGGCGUUUCGACGCGACGCAGGCAUUCGUAGGUGAAAUUUCGGAUGUGCAGAUGUGGUCUCAGGUCCUCACUCCUCAUGACGUCUAUAGUCUGGCCUCCUGCGGCGGUCACAUGACCGGUGACAUCAUCGCUUGGUCCGAGGCCACUGUGGAGCUGCACGGCGGUGUCACCAAAUACCCCUUCGACCCCUGUCACUGAACCCUCUGUUUUACCAGCCCGAUCUCACAAGGAAACUAUUUUACGUUUUGUCAGUUUAAUGGCUAAUUCAAGUUCAGUCAUAUGAAAAUGUGUGAAAAAAAAAGAGGCGUGGCACCAAACCCCGCCGCUAAACUCAACCAUCAUUGGGGAGGAGCAAAUCAUACUAAAUACUACAAUAAGAAUUCAAAAAGUUAUGGAUUGCUGUGAGAUUGUGUUGGUUUUACAGCAUCCAGAGCUGCUUUACUGCAGCAAAUCCAUCCAUAACCACUUCAAAAACAUUGCCUUCUGUUUACCGUGACACUUGAAUGACCCCUUGACCUCCAGGAUUUCAACAGGGACCUGUUUUCUACUGUUUUGUGUAGCUGAUUUGUAGUUUUCUUACUGAUUUUUUUUUUGUUUGAAUUUGUAUUCUAUAAAUGGCAGUUCAGUGUCAUUUAUUGUCAUAAUGCAAGUAUAUGACAUAUUGUCAUAACUUGGAUAGAAAAUUGUAGUUAAUAAGUAGAUUUUAGCCCUCCAAAUAUUUCUUAAGUGAUAUUUAUCAGAGCAAGGCUAUUUUUCACAGUGUUUUUAUAUCUUUUUUUUCUUCUAGAGAAAGAAUUAUGUCUGGAAUGUUUAAAAAAAAAACAGUAAAAACCACUGUGGUCAAUAUAAUUAGCCCCCUUAAAAAAUGUAUUUUCUUCAGAUUGGAUACAGAGCAAAUCACUGAUGUCCAAUUAACCUUGCCCAGUUAACCUAGUUAAGCCUUUAAAUGGCACUUUAAGCUGAAUAUUAGCAUCUUGCAACAUAACGCCACAGUCACACUAAAGUUUGAGCUUGCGAAAUUCUGUAGUGCGGCGCUGUGACAAGGGGCAGGAUUAAACAAGAUGAUUAGACGUUUAAGAAAGGAAGCGAUUGGUCCAUAUAUUCAAUUUCAGUCCAGAGGGGUCAUGUUUUGAUCUUUGAUUGGUCUCACACAGUCUUGUGAUGCGAUUUUGCAGGUCAGAGUUCACCAAGCUUGAUCUUUGCAGCGCAGCGAACUGCGAAACUUGUCGCACAAGCUUGCGUUUCCGCUCUGACGCAUUCAUGUGUGUAAGUUUAUGGGGAGAAAAGUCCAAUGUGACCGCAGCUUUACUUGUAAAAUAUUAUGUACUGUCAUCAUGGCAAAAACAAAAGAAAUGAAUUAUUAGAAUUCAAGAGUUCUCACUUAGAUGUGCUUAGCGUUUAUAGCAGGUUUGGCACUCUGUCCGGGAGAGAACCCUGAGCUUGGAG